AUGGAGGAGGUGCCCACGCGCGCGUCCGCGGGAAAGACCGCGCGAGCGUUCGUCGGCGUCGACCACGACGCGACGGCGAUCGAGUUCGCGCACGCCGCGCUGGGAACCGACGUCGUCGCCGUCCGUCAAGACCUCGAGAAGGACCGCGACCACGCGACGCGCGACGCGACCGCGCGGUUCGUAUGGGACGGCGCCGCGCCGAUGGCGACGUGGCUGUGCGAAAACGCGACGACGCGGGUGCGAGGGAAAAGAGUCGUCGAGCUCGGCGCCGGGCCGGGGCUGCCGGGGAUCGUCGCCGCGAAGUUGGGCGCGCGCGAGGUGGUGUUGACGGACUUGGCGUCCGAGCUCGAGCUGCUUCGCGCGAACGCGGCGCUGAACGGUCUCGAAGUGCGCGACGACGACGACGACGACGACGGCGACGACGGCGACGACGGCGGCGGCGGCGGCGGCGGACGGGUCCGCGUGCGCGCGUGCCCGUGGGGGGACGCGGACGCGGCGCGCGCGCUCGGGACGUUCGACCUGGUCGUGUGUUCCGACGUGUUGUAUGGGCACAGGGAGGAGACCGCGAGGGCGUUAGCGCGGACGAUGCGACGGUUGUGCGCGUUCGGCGGGGAGCGCGGCGGCGGCGGCGGCGGCGGCGGCGAGGCGGGCGAGGGCGAGCGCGGCGCCGCGGUGGUGAGUUACUUCGCGCGCGAGAAGCUCUUCGCGGACGUCCCGUUCUUCGAGACGUGCGACGAGCUGUUCCUAGACGCGACGCAGCACACGGUGGGGGGGGUAGCGGAAGAGAACGAGGACCUUUGGUUCCUCGAGUAUAGACCGAAAUAG